GGACUGCAGCGCGCCAAAUGCCCGAGCAGGGUUGACGAAACAGCCACAACCACACAAGGCUAAGGGAUGUUCCUUGUGGGGCUGCUGACAUGCGGCCCCCAACAUAUCAUUUCUUGCUUUAUAUUAAAUGAGCGCCUGGCUCCGCUGCCCUCGAAUCUCUUUCGCACAUUGAGGGUUCAACUCUGAGGUCACGAGUAUGGCAACGGAUGCUAUUCCAGGUUCGCUUGAUGAGGAUAUAUAUCUCGGCUUCUGGAUAAACCGAUCGUUUGAUAGCGUUCGAGGUGCGACUCUUACUUUAGAUCGCAACCGUGGAGGUCUGCUCAUUGCAUUCCUUGCCUUGUUCGUCAGUACAAGCGGUCGUAGUCUUUGGAAGAUAACUCGAUGUGUACUUCAUUUUGUAUACUCAUCAGACAGACACUCUGAAGGAGUAUACCACCAGCGGCAGGCAAUACUGAGAAACACGCCUCUCGCACUUGAUGCAGCUGUUGAACUCAUACUUGCCUUUCGCGCAUGGCAUCGACGAGGAACCAGUCUGUUUCGAAAGCUACUGUUGCCCACGUUGUUAGCUUUAACAUUGGCGGUCAGCUUCAUAUUUGCUGGUAUAUUCUCAUCCAGAGUCUCCAAUAGCUCAGCCAAUGAAAUCCUCUUAGUUGGAAGAGAUUGCAAUGAAGACCUUCCAAAAAUGGACGAUCGAGAGAGCCAGCAGUACAUUACGCCUUUCCUCAACCGCAAAGCCGCUGAAAAUCUAGCCUAUGCUUCACAGUGUUACCAAACUGGGGAUGCCGACAGACCGGACAGUUGCAAGGUUAUGACAACUCCAGCUUUGCCGUACAAAUUCGACGGCAAUGCUUCCUGUCCCUUUGCAGCAGACAUGUGUAAACAACCGUUUGGCAACAUGGUACUGGACACCGGAACACUUGACAGCUAUACUCAUUUCGGCUUGAAUACGGGGCCACACGUGACUGUUCAAGUAAAAGAGCAUUGCGCGCCCCUGGUUACGAACGGCUUCUCCAAUUCCUCCGUGGAUCCAGACCGUUCCUUUGUCAACUUCACAAGGUAUUACUACGGAGGAGGCUGGUACAAUUAUACCUUCGAAAUUGCGAACAACGCGACAUCGCACACUUCGGACAGCACGGGUGACUACGAGGUCUACCCCGAGGAUCAUGUGUACCUUGAUGCACCUUUCAUACCACAGCUUCAGGUGGCGACAGCGAGAACAUCUUUGUAUUUCUUGGUGCCAUCGGGCGUUGCCUACAUGAACCGGACGGAUGACCCAUGGUUUUCCGCGACCACAACGUCUGACAGGGCCGGCACGUGGUACAUUCCGGACGAACCUGCUGCAGUGCUGGGCUGCGUGUCAGAGAGAACCUUUUGCAACCCGGAAUUACCAGCUCCGGAAGGUUGCCUCGAUUUGUAUGUGUCCGGCGAAGCUUCGUUUCGAAGGGUCUUCCCUAACCCCCAGGAUCGAAUGUCGCUACGCCCACUUUCAAUCGUACUUCAGACAUACGGCGCUGGAGGCAUGCAAUCAUUCUUUACGGCUAGAAGCGUACCAACCCUGCUUGCGCGGCAGACCUUGUUUCCCUACAACCCACGGUACAACUACACAGCGAUACAAACGAAAGUAUUGCCCUCAAAUCAAUGGCAGAAGGAGAUGGAAUACGUCGGUCAGGCUACUCUGGCUGCGAUGCAGCACUCCAUCGUUGACUAUGCCAGAGGGUCUUGGCUUGGAGGAGGGACCCUCUGUGAGGGGGAGCCUUGCCGGAGGACCUGUUACAGCCAGAAAGCUCGAAGCUCGAAACACUACUCGUUCAGUGUUCUUGGGGUCGGAAUAAUCCUUGUCGUGGGAGGCUUCUUGAUGCUUGCAGCAAUGCUGCUUGAGCCAAUCUUUGCCGGCUUGUUCAAGCUGCCGUGGUUUCAACGCAAUCACAAACUGCGCUACGCCUACGCCGAAUGGCAAACUGGAUCAACACUACAACUACAACGACUUGCACACGAAAGCUUGGGUGUGGGCACUUGGUCGAACACAACAGGAACUGUUCCAGUGACGCGAUCCGAAGAGAAGCUUGCGACACUGGACAUCAGCGAUCCUACCCACGCGCGUCUAAUGCGACCUUCUGUUGAGCUCGCAAAAGUCGACUACACCAACGAGUCUAUGCAGUACAGGCCUUCACUUCGCUAUGAAAAGGUUCCGGGUACCGAGCAGAUUUGAUCGGACACGAUCACGAGCAACGCCGUCUAGAAAUGUCAAUGCGCGUUCACAAA